AAUUCUCGGAGAUGUCAGAAAAGAGAUUGACAAUUAUUUCGAUGUCACAGACUCGACGAUCUCGGAUGCUCAGGGAAAUCACUUUCCCGGCCAUCAUUGCUCGUCUCCCAAGUCAGGAAGUUAGUUUCUGAGGCUAGCUGAUGGUCAGGUCACAUCCUGUAGGCGGCAGUGCAUGCAUAACGUGACACACUUCCGGCUAGUGAGCUAAGAUUGUAAUUAUUUUUAUAUUCACUAGUAUAGUCUAUAAUCUCUAGUGGGUGUACUGUUUGAGUGCGGCACAGUGGCAUGCUGUAGAUAGCCGCGUAGCAGUUAUAAAGUGUGCCGCGUCAUUUAAGAACAGGCUACAUUGACGACGGAAUGGGUUCCUUGCUGAGACACGCUGGAACAGUCACGUGCGCAGCUCUAGCUGCUGUAAUCAUUUGGCAAGCUCGGCAUAGCCAGCCUGAAGUGCUAGUCAAGUUCAGAGCUGAGCAAGUGGAAGAGUAUUGCAAGGCUGGUAUCAUUGGUACCGGUCGCCUGUUCAGCGAUGAGGAAAUGGCUGCAAUCAGAGCCGGUCUGGACGAGCGAAUAAGCGUUGCGACGAAAGACGGCAAGGUGCGUUCGGAAGACCUUCUAAACCUGCAUUUCAACGACACGUGGCUGUUGGAGCUUGCAUCGCACCCGCGUGUGCUGGACUUGGCAUCACAGCUGCUGGACAGUGAUGGAGUGCGCAUAUUUACCACUCGUAUACUGAGCAAGCCGGCCCGUACCGGAUAUGCAGUGCCGUGGCAUCAAGAUUCUAACUACUGGCCGCUUAACCCGUUGCGGGUCACUUCACUGUGGCUGGCGGUGGACGAUGCCGAUGCUGGUAAUGGUGCCAUGCAGACCAUUAACUUCACGGUCGCGCCCACGGCCCGCUCUGAAAACCUUCCCGUGGAACAAACGUCGAAGGAGGGAGGUGCUCACUUUGAUCUGAACAUUCGCCAGGAUGCCAUUGCACCGUACGAGGACCAGGCGGUGACGUUGGUACUGAAACGGGGCGAGGCGUCAUUUCACGACGCCUGGCUGCCGCACAACUCACCACCGAACACGUCCAGCCGACGCAGGUGUGCGUGGAUUGUGCGCUACACACCUGCAUCCACUAAGCUGAUUCCAGGCAAGCGCAAGCUCUUUGGUGACGAUUACGAGAUGCUCCUGGUACGCUAACCUACGGACGCGGAAAACUCAGUCUGACUUACUCUAACGCGAGCCUUGAAAUUUUUGGGUACUUUAACGUUUGGAUUGUGACGUAUAAUUCCAAUUGAUGUUUCGCUAUACACAUUCAGACCAGGUUAUAUUUGUGUACAAUAUGGAAGAAAUUAACAUUCACUGUUGAGCUGGAGCAGACAAAAUACUGUAUACUUGUUAUGGAAGGUCAUCUAUAAAUUUAUGCUACUUGAUAUCUCCAAUAUUCAGGAAAACAACGGUGUUGAUUUUAGGCACAGUUCGGAAUUCUUUAAGAUUUUAUAAUUUCGAGCCGACAAACCAGGAUAUUCUAGGAUUGUUCGUGUAGGUACUAGGUGCUGUGCAUGCUGCAUUUUUAAAACUUACAAGAUUAAUUUUACUUUGGAGCGGUUUGAGGAGUUUGUGCAUGCGCAUUCUAAUCUCAGUUUGAGAGUACACUACAUUGCAGAACGGUCCGUAUGGAACUCUUCUGCCGAUUCACGCAUCUACAUGUUUUAACUUUUCAGAUACACUAGAACAUCAAUUAUUGUUCCCAGUGACCUGCUUUUUCCGUUGGACAGUUGAGUGAUUACUUUUAUCAUUCUCUGGCUUGAA